CCUUUCCCUCCAAUCUAAAUACCACGUUUCUUUCGCUACAUCUGUCUGUCUAACUUGAGCCGACGUGUCGGUGCGUUCGGCUUGGCUCCGCUUGGCUCGCUGCACGUUUUACCAUAACCACAGGGUACUGUUUCCGCGUGACUUGAAAGCUCGACACUUCGGGGAUCUGCACUUCUCAUCUUCUGGAAUUCCCACAGCGGUCGCCAUCGCUUUCUUCGUCUGGUAUAGACGGGAUCUUGGGAAGGAAUGGUGCAAGUGGACUUUCGAGAUCUCUGAGGCCGUCGAAGCGGACGCUUACGGGGGUUCAGGAUGGGGAGGGGCUCGUUCUGGUCGGACGACGACCGGCACAUGGCGGUGGCGGUGCUCGGCCACCAGGCCUUCCACUUCCUCAGCUCCAGGCACGAGACCUCCUCCGACAGCCAACUAACCGCUGUCGGCUGCGGCGACGCUGGCCUCCAGAACAAGCUUCAGGACCUCGUCGAGGGCCGCCGCUCCGCCGCCUCCUCCUCCUGGGCCUAUGCGAUAUUCUGGCAGAUAUCGCGGUCCGAGUCUGGCGAUCUCGUCCUCAGUUGGGGUGAUGGCCACUGCCGCGAGCUCGAGGACGCGGAGGAGGUGGACGGUGGCUCCCGAAGCCACCCGCUGGAGGCUACCCGCCAGGAGAUGCGCAAGCGGGUGCUCGAGAGGCUUCACGCUCUCUCCGGUGGUUCCGACGAUGAGAACUACGCGCUCCAGCUGGACCGCAUCACCGACUCAGAGAUGUACUUCCUGGCGUCCAUGUACUUCUCGUUCCCCAAAGGGGAGGACGCCCCUGGGAGGGCACUCGCGUCGGGGAAGCACAUAUGGAUCUCGGAGGCGGCGCUGGCAUCGCCGGCAUGUGCCAAUUACUGCGUGCGGGCGUUUCUUGCAAGGUCAGCGGGGUUUCGGACCAUCGUCUUCGUGCCGUUCGACGCGGGAGUGCUCGAAUUGGGGUCAGUGGAUCCCGUGCUGGAGAGCUUCGAGACGCUGCACAAGAUUAGGUCCGUGUUCUGUCAGGGCCGCAAUAAGGCCGCAGCGGUAGGCGAGAAGAUGGACGAGAACAAUUCUCACGUUUCGGCUUCGCGCUUUGGGUCCAGCAGCCACAUCCCGGCCGAAUAUGCCAAGAUCUUUGGAAAUGAUUUGAACCUUGGACGUGCUCAGCUCGACGGGAGGGCAACUUCGGCCGUGAAGGCGAAGAAGCCGCCAUCGGAAAUGAUCGCGAGGCACGGAGACCACCUCAAGGCGAACCCGCUCGGUGAUGCUGCAGCGUUGCUCGAAUGGAAUCAGAAUCACAACGUGAAUUCUCAUCAACAGAAAUUUGGUAAUAGCGUAGCGUAUGUUCGACAUGUCAACGGGUUUGUCAGGGACGACCGUCCAAGAACGAACCCGUUCCAGCCUCAGAAACUGCAGCCGCAACAGCAGCAGCGCCAGCAACCGCUGUCUCAGUCCGGGCAAAUCGAUUUCAGAGCAGGUGGGGCGGACCCCGGCGUCGUGGUUAGUCGUUUGGGCGCGUUCGACUCGGAGCUCUCCGACGUCGAGGCCCCGUGCAAGGAAGAUACACCAGGCACGACGGAAGAGCGGAGGCCGAGAAAGAGGGGCCGGAAACCGGCCAAUGGCAGGGAGGAGCCGCUCAACCACGUGGAAGCCGAGCGCCAGAGGAGGGAGAAGCUCAACCAGAGGUUCUACGCCCUGAGAGCCGUGGUGCCCAACAUCUCGAAGAUGGACAAGGCCUCCCUGCUCGGCGACGCCAUAUCCUACAUCACGGAGCUCCAGAAGAAGCUCAAGGAGAUGGAGGCCGAGAGGGAGAUGUGGGGCGACCCGUGCUUAAUGGACUACAAGCGGCGGUCGCAGUGCCCUGAUAUCGACGUCCAGGUUGCUCAGGGCGAGGUAAUCGUUCGCGUGACCUGCCCACUGGAAAGUCACCCCGUGUCCGAGGUGAUCCAAGCUUUCAAGAACUCACAGAUCAAUGUGGCGGACUCCUGUGUGACUUCAAACAACGACAGUGUCCUGCACACGUUUGUGGUGAAAUCGCCGGUCGCAGAGCAGCUCACUAAGGAGAAACUAAUCGCCGCUUUCAACUCGUGAGAUGACCGCGACGUGAUGCUCUGCAUCUCUCGCAUCCAUCGAUCUGUAGCUGAAUCGCUGGAUGUCCAUAGGUACACUGUAAUACAACAAAGCUAUAACCCUGGCAAGCUAAACUCGAUGUGUAAGCUCACUCACCAUUUGCCUACUGCAGUUGUAUAAGUGGGUGAUCAAAUGUAACCCAAGUUUACUUAGUUACUCCAUUAAUCUAAUUCUCAUUUGUCGGUA